UGUGCCGGAAUGUCAAUCAAAUGAAAACAAAAAAAGCGGCGUGAGAAAAAUUGAAAAGAACGGGCAGCCAGCGCAAAUUAGCAGGAUAAUUUCGAUGCAUUGAACGGAAACGACGACCGGGAAACAGGAGCCUCAGGAUUACGGACACCGGAGCCAUGGAAACGGUCAGGAUGGAGACGGCGAUGGAGACCCAUUUUAUGGCCAAAAUGGGGAAGUGGAUGACCCCCGAGGAGGAGGCGCGGCAAAAGUUCAUCAUGCGGGAGCGGGAUCGCGAGCGGAAGCGGAUUAAGCGCCUGAAUCCCGAGUACCGGCAGAUGGAACGCGAGCGGGAUCGGUUUCGCAAGCUGACGCCCAGGCCCAGUCUGAUGACCCCCGAGGAGGAGGCGCGUCACAAGUUCAUCAUGCGGGAGCGGGAUCGCGAGCGGAAGCGGAUCAAGCGCCUCAAUCCCGAGUACCGGCGAAUGGAACGCGAGCGCGAUCGAUUCCGCAAGAAGGCACGACGUGCUAACUUGACCCCCGAGGAGGAACUGCGACUGAAGAUGAUCCAAAGGGAGCGAGAUCGGGAGAGGAAACGGAUCAAGCGAAUGAAUCCGGAGUACAGGAGGCUGGAGCAGGAACGUGAUAGGGAUAGAAAGAAGGCGCGAAGAGCCAACGAGGCAUUCAGGCAGCUGGAGAAGCUGAGGGAUAAGAUCCGAAAGGAUCGCAAGAAGGGCUUACUGGUCGGGGACCCGACGCAGUUGCCGCCGGAAUUCGCAGCCAUGAUGCCGCCAGUGCCUGUGGUGAAACCCGAGCUGGGUGUGCCACCAGCCCCGCCCCAAAGUCAGCAGCUGCCGACGCCACUGCUGCAGCAACAGCAGCAGUUGCAGCAACAUCAGCAGGUGCCACAGCAGCAGCAGCAUCAGCAACCUCCGCCCACGCAUCUGCAGGAGCAGCACCUGAGCCAUCAGCUGGCGCAUCAGCGAAACCGAAUGAUGACCAGCCAGCUCACUCAACUGGCCACGCCCCCCGCCCAUGCCUCGCACCUGCAGCAGCUGAAUAAGUUGCAGCAACUCUAUCCGCCACGGAGCUUCGGCCAUCCCGCAUUGCCAAUCGCUGGGGUGACGCUGAUGCCGCAGCUCUGCCAUCCCAUCCUGCAUCAAAACCUCAGUGCCACUCUGUAUGCGGGUCCACCGAAUGGCAUCAAACAGGAGUACGGUCAGGAUAUCUCGGCAAUGGCAGCAGCUCAAGCGGCAGCCUUGGCUUCGCUAAGGAAUCCCCAGCAGCACCAUCAAGAUGAUUCCGAUAUGGUUAUAAACCUCGAACCGGAAAUCGUACUCCAAACCGGACCCGACGUGAAUCCCGCCCAGCCACCGCCGCAGCAACAGCAUCAUUUCAGCGCCCAUCAGCAGCAGCAACAUCAACAACAGCAGCAGCAACAUCAUCUCCAGCAGCAGCAGCAUUGUAACAUGUUCCAGCAUAUGGCUCCCCAGGCGCACAUGCAACACAUGCGAUCCCUGCCACCUCCGCCCCCGCCCCCUUCGCUUACCUUGCCACCGCUGCCGCCCCCGCCACCUGCAACACACCAGCAACAACAACAGCAGCAACCUGCGCCGCCACAGCAACUACAACAUGCACCGCAGUGAGAUAUUCUCGCCUGUAGUCCUAAGCUCAAUUCUCUAGCCAGCUAAACGCAUCCGAUAGUUUGAGGGCACACACGCCUGGAGUUGUGAUCUUAUUAGUUAUGUAAUUUUGAAGUCCCUUGAACUAACGGUAUUGGGUUGCCAGAAAUGUCCAAGC